GGCGACAGCAGCCGGGAGCCAGCGGCCUGGCGAAAGACCGGCCGGCUGCCCUCUCGGACGGACAGCCGUGGCGAAAGAGAAAAAUGGCGGAGGCUUCAGCGGCCGGGGCCGGCGCGGGCUCUGCGGUUGCCGCGCACCGGUUUUUCUGCCACUUUUGCAAGGGCGAGGUCAGCCCCAAACUACCGGAAUAUACUUGUCCCAGAUGUGAAUCAGGUUUUAUUGAAGAAGUGACAGAUGAUUCCAGUUUUUUAGGUGGUGGCAGCAGCACAUCAACACAGUUUUCAGAGUUCUGGGACCGUUUGGACCCCACGAUGUUUUUCCAAGAUUUUAGACCCUUUCUAAGUAGCAGUCUACUGGACCAAGAUAACAGAGCCAAUGAGAGGAGUCACCAAACUCACACAGACUUCUGGGGACCAAGUCGGCCUCCACGGCUGCCUAUGACUCAGAGAUACAGAUCUCGAGGAAGUACUCGUCCUGAGAGAUCCCCAGCUUUUGAAAGAGUACUACAACAGAUCAUUGCAGGAUUCAUUCCUGGAUCCCCAUUUUCUUGGAGCGGGAUGCUGCACUCCAACCCUGGGGACUAUGCCUGGGGUCAGACAGGGCUUGAUGCCAUUGUAACCCAGCUUUUAGGACAACUGGAAAAUACAGGGCCUCCCCCAGCUGACAAGGAAAAGAUCACAUCUCUUCCAACAGUGACAGUAACUCAGGAACAAGUUGAUAAGGGCUUAGAGUGUCCAGUAUGCAAAGAAGAUUACACAGUUGAGGAGGAAGUCCGGCAGUUACCCUGCAACCACUACUUUCACAGCAGUUGUAUUGUGCCAUGGUUAGAACUGCAUGACGCAUGUCCUGUAUGUAGGAAGAGCUUAAAUGGUGAGGACUCUACUCAGCAAACACAGAGAUCCGGGGCUUCUGCAAGCAACAGAUUUAACAUUGACAGCCAGCUACAUGACCGAUGGACUUUCUAAAACUAAAGACCACGUCUGAGCCAGGGCUAUGGUAGACCUCCUAUCACAGCUAUUAUUUGUAUCAAUGCAAAAAAAAUAGUAGGUGGAUUUAGGAAUCACUUAAGAAACCCCAACUCAUAAUAUUAAUUCACUGAGUGUUUUUCUUCUCUAAAUUUAAAGUUAGUGUCUACAGAUGGAAUUGUAUCUAGAACCAAAUGCCUCUUAUUCCUGAAUUCACAGUGAUAAUUUUGUAAGUGUGAAACUUAAUUAAUAUGGGUUUCCCCUGCCAGAAUAGAAUUGGUUAAUUAUGUGGGUUUCCCCUGCCAGAAUAGAAUUGGUUCCUUAAAGUCUACCUAGGGUCUUGCUGUCUGUCGUGUUACCUGUGACGGUUGUUUCCACCUCUUUCUUCAACCUCCACCGUCGUUAGUGUACUUUAUAGUAAAUACAGUGGAACCAGCCGUAAAGCCCUGCUGAUAAAGUGCUUCUGUUUUAAUUGUACACAAGCAUUUACUCUUGGCCAUGUUAGCCAUGGAGUAAAGUCAUAUUAAAUCAGGAAUCUGAGACUAAUGAUUUUUUUUUUCUGAAAUCUUUAGAGAGCAAAUCAAAACAAAGUUAGAGUGGGAAGGCUUCUAAUUGUACUCUUUGGUUUUCUCAUUUUUAUUUUUAAAGACUACUUGGUAAGAUGCAGCUUCUGCAGAAACCAACAUGACAAAUGACAUGUCUUAAGAGUCUUACGUUGGUAGGGAUCUGAUUCUGAUUCCUAUUUGGGAAUAAGUUGGGCAGGAUAAAGGCGCAGAAAGACAGAUGUUUGAAAUCUCUGGUUCUGAGGUUUUUUAGUGAUUCUCAGCUCACUGUUUAUCCUGGGGACCUUAAAGUAAGUUCCCUCACAGAAAUAGGAUUAUUUUAUUACUGCUUCUGCAGCUGAUUCAUGUUUUUUUUAUAAUUCAUUGGUCUUCAGGAAUUGAGACUUUAUGUUGUUUCAUUUUAAUUUUUAAAGUGCAUUUAUCAUCUCUGAAACCUCUUUAUGUUUGCUUGGUUCUGGUUAUACUUGGAGGCCUGUUGAUUUUUGUGAUCAUGGGGAAACAACUUGGCCUAGGAGAGAUAGGCCUUCUUUUUUCAGCCUGUGUCCCGUGUACACGUACAUGCUCUUUGGUGCAUUUAAGUGUUUAAAGUUGAAUAAAUGAAGAAGCUUAAGAAUGUUGUUGGAAUGUCAAAGUCUUAAAAAUAAAUGAUGGGAACGUGUAACUACAGUUGGUCCACCAAAAAGGGUGACAAGAGGGGCACCAUGGGUGUGGUCUUCUCAGCCCUUCAUGGUUGGAAUGAUCAAGAAGAUGAGUCUUUGGUGAGUCUCUUUCUUGGUUAGGAGUCUGUCACACUGAUUUUGGGCAUGAGGGGUGGGGUUAGAGAGAUCUUUGUAAUUUAGUAGAGGAUAGAGGAGUAGGGGAGGGAAGAGAGAAAGUGGGAGAAUUUAAUGCUGAAUUAAUAGCCUGCCCCUAAAAGUUGUGACCAUACGGUAUGAUUCAGGUUGAGCCCAGAGAGAAUGAGAUGUUUUCUCAUAUGAUUCUUAUGUUAUACCUCUGUAGAGAGAGUGUUUUUGGAAAAUGUAAACUGUUUACUAUGGUUAUUGAAGUGUAACCCAGAGAUAUACAUUGGCUUUGAAUGAGAAGAGGUGAUGAGUCUGAGGGGACAUAAGAGGUAUAUUGUGAAUGGCCAUUGCUUAGGUUGAGAUGGGCUCGACUGAAGUUGGAGUAUGUUGUGGUUUUCAAGUAAAACAAUAUUGACAAUA